CUCGAGUGCUGUCAGACCCUUGCCGGGGCGUCUGGUUUCUGUGGUGCGCGGGCGGGAAGCCGGGUGAACGGACAGGUGGCAUCCAACUGUUCUUGGAGGGUGGAAGGGAGAAGGGGUCACCCCCCGGGAGGUGGAGGGGAAGUCUGCGAAAGAGCGACUCCCGUAUAUCCGUUUUUCCUGUGUUAGCUUGGUUAAAGGUGGGAGGGUCCGAGUAGAGAGGAAAAACGAACUUGGGGGUGGCCUGGGCUCCAGAACUAGGUGAGGGUGGCGAUCAAGGGCAGCUAGGAAAAAUCCUCUCCACUGACGUUGGCUGAGGAGAUGGAUGGCCUAGAGAAACCAGGUGAUGAAAUUCUUCCCAGGAAAGACUGGAGGGUAUGUUCAAGACCUUGAUUCUUUCUGGGGAGUAUACUGGGCCUGUUAGGGAUUUAUUUUUCCAGGACCUUAAUCAGGUCUGAAGGAAGCCGAGCUAUAUUUAGUAUCCUCUUGGAGGUCCCUGCUCCUAGUUUGUUUCACCCCCUCCCUACCAGUAAUGCUGAGAGCUCAAAGUGGGGCAUCUGCUGCAAAGUAGAUUGCUCUUCCUGCUUUUCCCAUUCCGUAUUGGUCAGGAAGAAUGCCAGGGUACCUCUGGCCAUUAUGUUCCUCCUCCACUUUUUCUUUUUCUUUUUUUCCUCUUCUUUCUCCGAUUCUGAAACAGGUAAGCUCCCUUACUUUGCCUACUACCUUUACUCUUCAAAAGCUGCAGAAGAGAAGUUUCUUGCUCAUGUGUGGCCUCUAGAAUCAGGAGAAUCCAGCAGGCUUGGUCUGGGAGCCAUGGUGACUUGGAACAAUGAAGUAUUCUUGGAUUAAAGUCCUGAUCCAGGGGGAGUCAUCCAAGUGCUUGCACUCAGGGCCAAAGAAGCAGCAUUGAUUUAAGCCUCUGGAGAUGUCUCAGCAGGCUGACCUCCUGGCCUCCAUGGCAGCUCAAGUUCCAAGCCCCAACUUACCCCUCGGGCCAGAGGACCUCCUGAGUGAUCCCCCAGGGCCCCCUGGGCGGAGCCAAGGAACGUUUUCAGAAGUGACCUCUCAGCUUUAUGCUUCCCUACGGCAAAGCCAAAAGGCAGAAGCUACUGCCAGGACCAAUCUCUACCUGGCCUCCAACUCUCCAACCCCUCCUGAGGAAUUAGAGGGUCUAGCUCAAGAGCUGAGUCGGAGUCUGUCAACUGGGGUGGAGACCAGUUCACAGAAAAAGGGAGGUUCCCAGCAUAUAUUGGAAAUGGAAAGUGUACGGGGUCACCUCCAAAGCAUGCUUCAAGCUUCUCGGGAUACUGCUCCUCCCCUUCGAUUCCUCUGGCUGCUUGCAGGGGAUAACCUUAUUCCAGGUACUGUCCCAGAGAGGCGAGAAGACGACUCUUUUGACAGUGACAGCACAGCCACUCUGCUAAAUACCCGGCCCCUUCAAGAGCUAUCUCCACCCAGCUCAGCUCCAGCCCUGGAGGAGUUGUUUCCUCGAUAUACUAGUAUCCGUCCUGGAACUCCUCACUACUUUCCUGAUCUGCAGGGACUAAGAGAUGCCUUGGACACAGAACAUACCCGCCGUAGGCAUUGUGAACGUCACAUCCAGAAUCUACAGACUCGUGUGUUAGAACUGCAGCAGCAGUUAGCUGUUGCUGUGGCUGCAGACCGAAAGAAAGACCUUAUGAUUGAGCAACUGGACAAGACCUUGGCCCGAGUGGUAGAGGGCUGGAACCGACAUGAGGCUGAGAGGACAGAAGUUCUUCAGGGGCUGCAAGAGGAGCAAAAGGCUAUUGAACUUACUCGAAGCCAACAGCAAGAGACUAUAGCUCGACUAGAACAGAGUCUAAAGCAGACGAAGGAAGCCCUGAGUAGGGAGCGGGAAGGGACCAACCAACAGCAACAGGAGCAAGAGACAUUGAAAGAAGCUCGACAAGCUUUAGCUCGUAGCUUAGAGCGGGAACAGCAACGGUGUCGGACUCUACAGGAGGAGCGGGAUGAGGCACGGGCAGAGCAGCUAAAUCAGCACAGAGAACUAGAAGCACUCCAAGCUGCCUUGGAGGAAAAGCAUCAGGCCUGGACCCAGCGUGAACAUCAGCUUGAAGAACGCUGUAAAAGUCUACAAGAAGAGGGCCGGAUCCAACUGGAGAGGGAACAGGCAAACUCCCAGCGGGACAUACAAGCAGCCCGAGAAGCUCAGCAACUCCUAUCAUCGGUUCAGUCUGAUGUGCAGAGGUUAGAAGAGGAAUUGGACACAGUACGGCGAGAAAGAGAUGCUUUACAGCUGGAAACCAGCUUGGUGCAGGCCCGGUUUGAAGCCCAGCGAGUACAAAUGGAGUCAGAGCUUGCUAUUUUGCUAGAGCAGAGAGUAACUGAAAGACUAGCCCAGGUGCAAGAGAGCAGCCUUCGGCAAGUGAGCAGUCUUCGGGAACAACACAGGAAGCAGUUACAGGAGUUAACUGAGCAGCAUCAACGGGAACUGUCUAAUCAGUUGGAUCAGCUCCAGGGGGAGUUGUCAGAGCGAGAAGAUCGGCAUCAGCAGGUGGCUCAAGACUAUGAACUCAGAUUGGCUCAUGAGCAGGCCCGAGUACGGGAAUUACGUAUGGUACACAGGCAGCUAGAAGAACAGCGGGUAGAGCUGGUAGAAAGGUUCCAGUCCAUGCUUCGGGCUCAUUGGGAUGAGGCACACCAGUUGCUCAGUACCACAGCCCCUUCUCAGAUCCCUCCUCCUGGUACUCCCAAUUCCUUGGCCUCCUGUCCCAGAGAACCUGAAAAAGAGGAGAGGAGGGCUUGGAGUAUACCCCCUGCAGCAGUGGCUCUGAAGCCAGUAUUGCAACAGAACCGGGAGCUAAGGGAGGAGCUGCCUGGAGGCCUAGCACAUCCUUGUACUCCCUCACCUGAUCUCAGCCUUCUACUAGGUCCUAAUUUCCAGAGCCAGCAUAACUUUCAGCCUUUGGAGCCUAAACCUGAUCUUACUCCACCUUCAGACCCUGGAGGCUUUCCUCCUGAUCAUAGAGCAGAACGACCAUUCCCUGAGGUUCUUGGAGCCAGAGGAGAAGGGACCCUGGAACAAGACUUGCCCCCUCCACAGCUGGAAGAGCUGAAGCACUAUCUGCACCAGUUCUUGGAACCAGUACCCCAGAGCUUUGUGAGUCCCACCAUUGAUCUGCUGCCCCGUAAAUCUGGUACCCUGACAGUUCCUCCUUGGGAGGAAGCCCCUCCACUACCACGGCCCCCACCACCUGUCCACAAAACUAAAGUACCACUAGCCAAGGCAUCCUGUCUUUUCCGGAUACCUGAGCCCUCUCCAACUCCUCCACAAAGCUAUAGCCAUGAAAGUUGCUCCCCAGAGAGAGGUGGAGAGGGGAGACCAAUAUCUCCCCGGCAACUGGCAGAGCUAUCUCGGCUGCUUCGACAGUACCAGCCCCGAGGCAAUGGUGGCCCUUCUACUGAGGAUCUUUUACUGUACUUAAGGGGGUCGGAGCAUAGUGGAGUUGAAGGUCGAGGGGAUGGUAUCCCCAGAAGAAAUGUAGAUACACGCUUGGGAGAGGUUCUCCGGAAAGAGGCCUCAUCUCGUCGCCCCGCUAGUACUCACAAGGCUGAGAAACCAGUGGGUAGGAAGAAAAGCGGCCAUCCAGCACCAGGCAGUGCUAGGAGUCGAAGUGGAAUCUGGAGAUAGCCCCAUAUUCUACAUCCAGGCCCUUAAUAUUUUUUAAAAGAAAAGUUUUAUUAAAUACAAA